GCGCAACUACUGUAGAUACAGAGACGUUAACUACGUUUGCGGGUGAUCGUUGUUUUAUUUCGACGUUCAAUUUUAAUACUGUAUAGGCAGGGACAGGAAAACUACCUUUUUAGUCUUUAAACUGUUUUUUUUCUUCUUCUGUAUCACCUUGACGUUGUCUCUCUGGAGCGUGUAGUGAGUUUCCCUUUCUAGAAGACUCCAAUGUCUUAGGGCAGGAACAUUUUUAAAGUGGUUUUGAUGCUGAAACAGUCGGAAUGGUUUAUUCUGUUAUAGGAAUCGUUCGCUUACUGUUCCCCCAUUUGCUAAGACUUCAGCUAUGAACAACCGGCCUACAGUACUAAUAUUGAGAGCAAAACGAAAUUCACAGCGGAAAAGAAUGAUUGACGGCGUAGCUCAAAAGAAAGAAUUGCUCAACUUAAAUUCCAUUUACUGUAUAUACUCUAUGGAGGGGAACAUCCAUUUACUGUAGAGAGCCGUUUGUUACUUUGAAUAUAAGAGCCCAUCAAGGAAAUGGUUACACCGACGAUGCGCAAUGUACCUGAGAAAAUGUAGACAUGUCACCGGUUUUAAAUACAGACUUUAUUCGACGUCGUGCGUGUAAAAAUAGCCCUUUACCGCUACAGCCUUAAAUGAAGCUGCCGUUGUGCCAUACGUGCGCAUUCCAUUUAAAAGGGGGUAGCAAUUAUAUGGCCCAACCUCGACGGGGGGAGAAUGACAUAAAGCAAUGAAUGCGAUGUUCAAUUGUCGCGUUUAAUUAAGGGGAGAGAAAGCACAAGGCGGGCAGGUCUGAAAUUUGUUCCGAAAGUAAGUUCCCUUAAUUAAAAUCGCCAAUGGUGAAAUUAGCCGUGAGCCAUGUGACCGCACAGGUAAUUGCGGAGCUUGUUUUUUUCUGAGUGAGAUGGUGCCAUAUUCUCAUAAGGUGACAGCGCAUUUACAUGGCCACAACCAGACUGAAAUGCAACAUACGGAUAUGUUUGAAUAUUAGGUAUAUGUUUCAUAUGUUUUCUAAUAGCUAACGCUGCGCCACGUUGUGACCACGCUGUGAGGCAUUCAAACGAGGUUGGGAGAAGGUUGUGUUCGUUGGUGGUGGUUUGUUGAAUAGAUUUCUAAGAAACCCAUACAGGAGUGGGGAAGUUCGGGCGCCCAAUGAAGGUCGAGGGCAGAAGGGGCGACGCGGACGGCGGAGCCGGGGCGGGCGUGAGGAGCGGCGGGGAGUGCUGCAUCUCGCGGCUGCUCAGCGUGGUGGAGAGCGAGCUGCAGGCCGGCCGCGAGAAAGGGGACCCCACGGAGAAGCAGCUGAAGGUGACCCUGGAGGAGGCCGAGCUGUGGAGGAAAUUCAAGGAGGUCACCAACGAGAUGAUCGUCACCAAGAACGGCAGGAGGAUGUUCCCCGUGCUGAAGGUCAGCGUGUCAGGCCUGGACCCCAAUGCCAUGUACUCCUUCCUCCUGGAUUUUGCCCCGGCAGAUUCCCAUCGUUGGAAGUACGUGAACGGGGAGUGGGUCCCCGCGGGCAAGCCGGAGACACACAGCCCCAGCUGCGUCUACAUCCACCCUGACUCCCCCAACUUUGGAGCGCACUGGAUGAAGGACCCUGUGUCCUUCAGCAAAGUCAAGCUCACCAACAAGCUCAACGGUGGAGGACAGAUCAUGCUGAAUUCCCUGCACAAGUAUGAGCCUCAGAUCCACAUUGUGCGCGUGGGGAGCAGUCACCGGAUGGUGACCAACAUCUCUUUUGCAGAAACGCAGUUCAUCGCAGUGACAGCGUACCAGAACGAGGAGAUCACAGCGCUGAAGAUCAAGUACAAUCCAUUUGCGAAAGCAUUCCUGGAUGCCAAAGACAGGAACCCUCCCAAGAACCUGCUAGAGGGCUCUUCUGAGAGUCAGCACAUGGGGAUAUCUCACUUAGGCGGCUGGUUGAUCUCGAACCCAGAUGCCCUAUGUACCUCAGGGAGCAGCAACUACCAGUACAGUGGGAGCCUGCCACUGGCCCCACCUCACCCUCCUCACAGCUACGAACGCUAUUCCACUCUCCGUAGUCACCGAAGCACGCCGUACCCCACACCAUACAUCCACCGCAGCCCCAGCACAGAAAGCAGCUCCAAUGGCCUGCAGGUGUUCUCUGGACACGAGAGCUGGACGCCCCUGUCUACUCCCACCCACCCUGGCAUGCUGCCUGUCUCCCCUGCACCUCCUGCCCCAGGCAAUAGCAGUCAGUACCCUUGUCUGUGGACUGUGAGCAGCUGCAGUGUUAGCUCCUCCGGUACAGCAGGGGGCAGUGUGGGCUGUGCACAGGGACAGAUGCUGCGUCCGGCUGGCUGCUCCACUGCUACUUCCUCCUGCUCUGCAGUGAGCGUGCCGGGCCCAGGAGCAGUUACCGUGGAAACUGGAGGGGAGCAGCACACCCACAUCAGACUGGGCGGGGCGAGCUGGGCUGCGGUCUCCGCCCACUCCUUCUGAGAACGCCUUAACCAUGGACAGGACUUGGACUGGACCAGGCCUUAAGGCCUAUCACAGGUCCGGUCUCCUUCGGAGAAACUCGUUGAUCUCGUUUCGUUUUCGUCUUUACAAGGAAUAAAGAAAGAUGGCUUCACUUAUUGCUCCACACUACAUUCGUCCCGAGGAGUGCAAAAUAAAUGACAGAGUAGAUUCUGUGCCAGUAUUAGAUAAGGCUAUUCAUUUGUUUUUCCACAGAGAGUUCAACUGCGGGAGAGAACCCUGAAUGGCUGAGGCCUUUUGUGGGGGCUUAAACGUGAAACAUUCAUAACUUCACACUUAUGCUGAAAAUAAGAUAAAUUUGUGUUUCGGAGAGAAAAAUGAGGAAAAAAAAGUUCUUGGAAACAGGAAGAAGCCAGAGGCCUUUUCAACAUUCUCUCCUUUUUGCUCAAGAAAAGAAACCGCCUGUGCAAUUAACACUUGAUGUGUGUGUGUGCUCACGAGCCAUUGGCACACAAACCCCAGGUUUAACAGAAAGAUUGUGAAAAUGGUUUUGAAUGAUGCUUGUUGAGCCGUCUUUUGUUUUAAUGGGCUGUAAAUAGAUUAUGGUUUCCUCUUAGUAGAAAAUGUCUGUGAACUCUUAACCUGGUCUGCUGUAAAUAAGAAAUAAAAUUAUCAU